CAGUGGUUGUAGUGUCUUGAGACCUCACAGCUACUUCACGACUCGACCAGGUACGUCACCGGUAGUGCAAGUGCAGUGCAAUUUUUCAAGUGCCAAUUUGCCCGAUAGGUGUCAGGUCAACGACAUCAAAAUGCCUUUCAAGCCAGUUGAAAACCCAAAAUGCCCCAAGUGCAGCAAAUCUGUCUAUGCUGCCGAAGAACGUGUGGCCGGUGGAUAUAAAUACCACAAAUCCUGCUUCAAAUGUGGAAUGUGCCAGAAAUUCCUCGACUCCACCAACUGCGCAGAACACGAAUCUGAGUUGUACUGCAAGAACUGCCACGGCAGGAAAUACGGUCCAAAAGGAUACGGUUUUGGUGGUGGUGCAGGCUGCUUGAGCAUGGACACCGGUGCCCAUCUUCAAGGAGAUGAAGAUAUGGUUACAUCUAAAGCUCCCCUCCUCCCAAAAGCUAUUGCUAAGGCACCUGAAGGAGAAGGUUGUCCAAGAUGUGGAGGUUAUGUUUACGCUGCUGAACAAAUGCUUGCCAGAGGCAGAGGUUGGCAUAGAAUAUGUUUCCGCUGUGGGAACUGUCAGCGUUGGUUGGACUCAACAUCACACUGUGAUGGUCCAGAUGGUAGUGUCUACUGCCGAGCUUGCUAUGCUCAACGCUUUGGUCCCAGAGGAAUUGGACAUGCUGGAGGCUUAUUCCUUGGACUUAUGUCUGACGCUUUGGACUUAGAAUGGCAGAGUGAUGCUGCACCAAAGACCUGCAUCAUUGACACCACCUCCAUCAAGGCUCCACCUGGUCAGGGUUGUCCUAGGUGCGGUGGUGUAGUCUUCGCCGCUGAAGAAGUGUUGGCUAGAGGAAGGCCAUGGCACAGGAAAUGCUUCAAAUGCAAGGACUGCACCAAGACCCUAGAUUCCAUCAUUGCUUGUGAUGGUCCAGACAGAGAUGUCUACUGCAAAACUUGCUACGGAAAGAAAUGGGGACCACAUGGUUAUGGUUUCGCUUGUGGAUCUGGAUUCCUUCAAACUGAUGGUUUGACUGAAGAUGAAAUAUCAGCUUCCCGUCCAUUUUACAACCCAGAUACUACUUCUAUAAAAGCUCCACCUGGUCAAGGUUGCCCAAGAUGUGGUGGAAUGGUGUUCGCUGCUGAACAACAAUUGGCGAAGGGAACUAUGUGGCACAAAAAGUGCUUCAAUUGUGCCGAAUGCCAUCGUCCAUUAGAUUCUGUCCUGGCUUGCGAUGGUCCCGACAAGGAGGUCCACUGCAAAGCCUGCUACGGCAAACUGUUCGGACCAAAAGGUUUUGGUUUCGGCCAUGCACCAACCCUUGUCUCAGUCGAUGGCUCUACACCCCAAAUUUGCAGCGAUGCCAAGCCUAACAGCGGUCCAAAGGCCAAAGAUCCUCGUCUAGGUUGCCGCAGAUGCGGUUAUGCCGUAUUUGCUGCAGAGCAGAUGAUCAGCAAGAACGGUCUAUGGCACAGAAGAUGUUUCAGCUGCGCCGAUUGCUCUAGGUCCCUAGAUUCCACCAAUAUGAACGAUGCUCCAAAUGGGGAGAUUUAUUGCAAGGGUUGCUACGGCAGGAACUUUGGACCACGUGGUGUAGGUUUUGGCAUGGGUGCUGGAGCCCUGACCAUGGCCUAAGCUAUCGCAAGAACUCUUAAUCAAUACAUUAUCCUAUUUUGCAACAGAGAUCUCAUACAGAGGGCGCCCUCUACCCUCAUUGAGGUGCUCGAUUCCCGCCCUGUAAGUUGCAAUCAUCCCCUCUAAUUGCAACAGACAGUGCCAGGACGCAAAUAAAGAUUCUGAUACUCUUAGGUACCAACUACGUACUUAAAAGUAUAUUUGAUUGAGACUGUCCCAAGAGCUUUUAUAGCAGUGUUAUUAAUGCUGUGUUACGCAUGAUUUUUGAUAACUGAUUUUUGUAAAGAAAUAUAUAGAUGAUACUUAUUCCAUUUCGAAGAAGGUUUUGAAGAACAUGAAAAGAAGUCGUGACCUGUUGAAAUUAAGCUAAGACUAUCUCGAACGAAAAAGAUUGACCUGAGAAUUUUUGUAUAUAUCUACAUCGGCCAAUUUUUGUUGGUCUAUCUUAGCUUUGCGCUUUGCUAAACCGUUUACAAUAUAUUCAUACAGUUGUUUCAUUUUACAGUGGAGAUUUUACUGAUUAAGGUAUUUUUGUUUAGUUUUAAAUUAUCAUGUAUUACAAACUUGGAGCAAUAAAAGUGAAGAAUCAA